ACCAUCUUGCCGCCUCCCCGCCUCUCGUUGUUCAUCACUUGCCUGCAUUAAUUAUGGCAACUAUGCGGCAGAAGUAGCGUAGAGGAAGUGAUGCAAAGGAAGUUGUUGUCUAAAUGAUGGCGACCUCCAGGUUGGAGAAGAACUUCUUGCGGCUGUUGGUGAGAUGCGAGUCGAUGGCGGGGGAAAAGAGGGAAGAAAAGGACUGGCGGCUGGAAAAGAUUAAAUCUAGAAGCAAAACAUUGAAUGAAACUGGGUUCAAACAAAGUUGUGCAGUGAGGUUACAUGCUGCUAAUGGCUGCCGUGUGUGGUUUCUCCAGUAUGUAGGAGCUCUUCAGGAAAUGUUGGUUGAAUUGAAGAAGCACAUCAGCAAACCUGCCCCUGAGGUCUUAAAUGAAUAUACCCGCAAAGUGGAAUUUAUGAAAGGUCUUUUGGAGGCUGAGAAACUGCCUAACCCCACGGAGAAAGCUCUGGCCAAUCAGUUUUUAGCACCAGGGAAGACAUCAACAACUGGAAAGGAGAGGAUAUCUGCCACUCAAACAGUCCACCUUCAGCUGAAAGCCAGAUACACGGGGGAAAUGAGAAGUGAACUCCUUGGCCUGCCACCCCUAUCUCCUGAAGGUUCUGAAGUUACUGAACUGAGAAGACGAAGUGGACUGGAGGAUGAGAAACAAACAGCCACUGAACUGGACGCUGUGCUCCACCGUCACCACAACAUGCAGGAGCGACUCGCCGAGGAGAUGCUCAGCCUGGCCCGUAACCUGAAGAACAACACUCUGGCAGCACAGAGUGUUAUCAAACAGGACAACCAGACACUGACCCAGUCCCUGCGGAUGGCAGAUCAGAACUUUGAGAAGCUGAAGGUGGAGUCAGAGCGACUGGAGCAACACACCAAGAAAUCAGUCAACUGGCUGCUAUGGCUGAUGCUGGUGGUGGUGUGUUUCACCUUCAUCAGCAUGAUCCUCUUCAUCCGUAUCUUCCCCAAGCUCAGGUGACCCAAGACUUCGCCCACCCCCUACCUCUGGACCACACAGUGUGCUCGCAGGACGCUGGGGGCAGGCAGGCAGGAAUCAUCCGGGAUGCGGUUGCUCGAAAUGGCUCCACUCCACUGAAACUUUCCUCCCAGCUGGAUUGUAAAUGACCUGCAAACAGGCAGAGCUGUGCUCCAGGUAUAAUGGACUGGAGCUCCUAUGUGGAAUAUGGAUAGCAUGCACUGCCCCCGAGUCCAUCAGACAUUGAUCACUUGCUGUGAGAGAAGAAUUUAGACUCAAAAAUUAAUUACUAAUUAAUUUAAACAUACUGACAUUUACAGGAUUCUAGAACUGUUAACUUGGCUCCUUUAUUCUGACAUAAUAUGUUCAAUGAUGGACUUUUAUUAUAUUUGCGCUCCUGAGUUUUCACUAAUAUACAUUGUCAAGAAUUAUUAAAAAUGAAUGAAUCUACAGCUUAUCCAGCCAAUGACAAAUCAAAUGAAUGUGGUUAGUUUCGAGGUCUGUUUCGAGAUUCAGUAAGAGUAGUUUGCAUUUACAUGACUCCUAUCAUGCAGAGAAAACAUUCCUGAGUGCCUCACAGGGGCAUCAUUGAACUUAGUUUAACACUGAACCGUGCAGGAACAUUAGAACACAUGACCUACAGCUUCAAGAAAGGGCAAAGUUUUACAAAAUAUCUGAGAGGGAGAACAGUUCAGCAAGGGCUUCACAGAACGUGGGUGAAGGCAUGACUAACAAUAUUAGUGAGUCAAAGUGGGGUGCACAACAUGUCAGAAUUGGAGCAGCGCAGAGGUCUCGGUGUUGCGGAGAUGAGGAGAAAUCAAGACUUUUUGAAGGAAUUUGGUAACAACUAUGAGAAAGUUGACCUCUGUUCUGGUUCAGUCAUGAAGCCUCAUUUGAGGGCUGUCCACAAUGCAAGAAGAGUUACUGAGCCAGUGUCUCCUGCAUGUGAGCACUGCUAUAAUUUGCAGAUCUGAACAGCCCAAGCUUGGCUGAACUCUGUCAGCACAGAGUGGUUUAUCAGGUAAUGUGAAGAGUUACUAAGAUGGGUGCAGUGGUGUUGAGGGAGAAUAUAAUUGACCAGGAAUGGUUCUUCUAGUCACCCCAAUGCUGGGAAGUGGACUAGUGUUCUUUAAGGACAGAAGAGGGUUUGGCUGAGAUGGUUUCUGCCGUUGAACAGCCAGCUGAUGCUAUCUUGGCUGAUGGUUGAAGAAUGGCCAAUCUCCUGCAGUGCAGGAGGUCAUCUCGGCCAUGAAACUAAACCAAUGUAUGGCAAAAUCCUUCCUGAAGGAAGUAGAAAAAAAAUGGCCCCAGUACUAUUGUGGAUGCAAUGUUAGAAAACUGUUAUUUGAAUUUUUUUCCUGGGUUUCCUAUCUGCAUUGUUUUGUAAAUUCAAUCUGAAUAUACACUUGUUGCUCUUUAAGAGUUACCUGCCCAGCUGCUUGUAGUCUUUGCCAUGUUCCAUUUGACAGUCAAGUGAAGCCACAGUUUAUCUCUGAGAAUGUGUUGAUUGUAUGUGUUUUGGGAAAGUGAGACCGCUUUAGAAAUUAAACCAAAUGGUGUGAACUCG